AUGAAUAAUUCACAAGGUGACCAACUUGGACUAACAAUAGCUUACACUAUUGUUCUUUUUGAAUUAUUUAUAGAUUUAAUUGGAUUGCCUAUUUCUUCGUUAAAUUUUUACGCAAUUAGUAGAACUUCGUUAAUUCAUUGGAAUUUAAAAUUUAUUCUUCUCUGUCAAAGUGGCGCCUAUUUAAUGCGUUUUAUCAUUAAAUUAUUUAUUGCAAUCCCUAUUCGUUUAUUUGGCCCUUUUAUUCUUUGGCACGAAUCUGAGAAUCCGAUAACUGUUUUUCUUUUUUAUUCAAAUGUUUGUUUUCGAACAUUUCUGAGUCAUACAAUUUUACUGGAGAGAACUAUGGCAACUGUAUUUGCAAGAAAAUAUGAAAAAUCAAAAAGUAAAGUUUUUAGUAUUUGUUGGUUUUCUAUUGCGAUAUUUGUUGUAUUAUGCAAUGCAAUUUCUCAGCAAUUAACAACUCGAAAUAAUGGAGCACGUGCCACAAUAGUUACAGCAACAAGCUCAUAUAUAAUUUUGAUUUUAUUUAUUCUUUUAUUACGAUAUAAUAAAAAGAAGUUAAUUGCUGCAAAGGAAAAAGAAAAAUUUGGAAAUUAUAAACUUACUGAGAGAUACCAGGCAAGUUUUACAAAUUUUUAG